AUUCCUAGCUAUGAUUCCCACGAAUGCACGUGAUCCAGACGCGUCCACCGGAAUCAACCACCAGUUGAUUCUCGACGCGUUUUGUGCCUUCUUGACAGAAACACACCACAACCCAAGUCCUCCCGCCGUUGUCGACGACAUACGCAAUGGCUGCGAGACGACUACCCACGUCCCGCUCGAGGACUAAUCCUGCGGCACCGACGAUUAACACAAAAUCUCAAUCGUCCAUGUCAAAACCGAAGUCGGUUAUGUCUACAAUCACGUCACCGACUAUAGAAGAGCACCCAGAGCACACACUCGCAAUCUCGUCCUCCUUGAAGGGUUCCAAGUCCCAUGGCCAGGAUGUCUCAGAGACUCACAUCCAGGUUGCCAUUCGCUGUCGCAGACGAUCCGAUCGCGAAAUCCAGGAGAAUUCCCCCAUCAUUGUCAGUUCCAACGGGGCAAAGAGCCAGGAAGUCACCAUCGAGACCUCCGCACCAGUAUCCAGUCUAGGUGUGGUCACAUUACCGCCUACACGAACAUAUCCCUUCGAUCUCGUCUUUGGCCCCGAAGCGGACCAAGCAAUGAUCUAUCAUGAUGUUGUUAGCCCCAUGCUAGACGAAGUGCUCAUGGGGUACAACUGUACUCUAUUUGCGUACGGACAGACCGGAACUGGAAAGACCUACACUAUGCAAGGGGAUCUGACGCCUACCCCGAUGGGAAACCCAUCCUCCCAGGCAGGCAUGAUACCAAGAGUACUCUUCCGAUUAUUCCAUCAACUCGAGACAUCUGCCACAGACUACAGUGUCAAAAUAUCCUUCGUCGAGCUCUACAACGAGGAGCUUCGAGACCUGCUCGCGAAUGAACUGUCCGCUCCUGCAGGGUCGACACAGCCUAUGGGAAAAGGUGGCCCUGCAGAUAAUCAAGUCGGCCUCAAGAUCUUUGAUGAUGCCAGCAAGAAGGGUGUUUUCAUUCAGGGCCUCGAAGAGAUACCUGUCAAAGACGCUGCAGAUGCACUUGCCCUCCUCACGAAAGGCAGCCAUCGUCGGCAGAUCGCCGCCACUAAAUUCAAUGACCACUCUAGUCGAUCUCACUCCGUGUUCUCCAUCACUAUUCAUAUCAAGGAGACGUCAACCAUGGGAGAUGACCUCCUGAAGGUGGGGAAGUUUAACCUCGUUGAUCUUGCAGGAUCAGAGAACAUAGGACGCUCCGGUGCAGAGAACAAGAGGGCUCGCGAAGCGGGCAUGAUUAAUCAAAGCUUGCUCACUUUGGGCCGUGUCAUAAACGCUCUCGUCGAGCGUUCAACCCAUGUGCCUUAUCGGGAAUCGAAACUCACCCGCCUCUUACAAGACUCACUUGGAGGCCGUACCAAGACAUGCAUCAUCGCAACCAUCUCUCCUGCGCGUUCCAACAUGGAAGAGACCCUCUCCACCCUUGACUAUGCCAUCCGCGCCAAGUCUAUCCGCAACAAACCAGAGAUCAAUCAGCGGAUGACACGAAAUUCCUUGUUGAAAGAAUAUGUGGCCGAGAUUGAGCGUCUCAAGGCCGACGUCCUGGCCGCACGCGAGAAGAACGGCAUCUUCUUCUCUGAAGAGACCUGGAAUCAGCUCACUACGGAACAGGAGCUUAAGCAGACAGAGAUGGAGGAGGCUAAGAAGCAAGUGGAGAUUGUGGAGAGUCAGUUAAGGAGCGUUCGGGAAGAGUUUGAGCAAAGUAUCGCCAUGUUGAUGAAGACAGAUGGGGAGUUGAAAGAGACGAAGGAGAAAUUGAAAGAGACUGAGGGAGAGCUGGAAGUCAAGGAGAGCCAACUGAAGGUGGUGAAAGGAGCCUUCGAGGAGGAGGUUGUCGUGCGCCAGGCGUACCAGGUCAAUGAAGAAAAGCUCGACGGAGUUGCGCUGGGGUUGAAGCAGGUUGCCGCUGAAAGCAUCGACGACAUUGGCGCGCUUUUCGAAAAACUCCAGCGCAAGAACAAGACGUUCACAUCGAAUAUCAAAGCUGUUUCCUCUCACGGAAGGUCUAUCUCCUCCGAAGUGCAAUCGCUCUCGACGAAACUUGAAGAGUUUAUAAAGACUGCAGGGCACAGCACUCAGACAUUGCGCGCAGAGGCAAAGCAGUUUCAGACAAAGGAGCUCGAAAUCCUCACAAGCCACUCCGAGCGUAUUGACCAGCAGCUCCAGCGCAUUCAAGACUCCCUUCGGAUCAUCAACGCAAAGGACGAUGUGUCUGCAGAAGCUCUUGCAGCUAUGCAGAACGCAGUCAAGGAGUCGCAGGAAACAAUGAAGAGCUCAUUCAGUUCCUGGUCCGAUGGCUUAAGAACCACGUCCCAAACGAUGUGCAAGGAGUUGUGUGCUGCGAAUCAGAGUAACUUCGCCUCGUUAGAGAAUGCUUUGAAGACUAUGGGGACACUCGUCGAUUCCGCUGUCAGUCAAGCAAUCGACUUUGUCAAGGCCGAAGAAGAAUCGGCUUUGCAAGCAAAGACCCUUGUGGAUGACAUGUCAAGGGCGAAGAUAGUGCAUCUCCAGGCGCAAAAUGCGCUUCUUGUUCAAAUACUAGAAGCAGAGAAGGUGAAGUCUGCAAGAGCUAGCGAUGAGCUUGUGCAGCGCGUGUCAGGCCUACUUGGGGACUUCGUUGCUUCCCGUGAUCACGAACUGCGAGAAGCAUUCGGCGCCGUAGCUAAAGGCAACGCCAAGAGCGAGGAGGAAUUUGGCAAAUUCGGUCAGCGUCAUGAACGAUUGAUGAAUGAGGCUACUGUCCGCGGCUCGGAAGCCAUAACCUUGUUUGAGCGGAGAGGUACAGAAGGAAAGAGGACACGAGACGGUGCUCUUAAGACCGUCGGAUCUGUCCAAGCAGCCUUCAAGGACGGUUUAUUGGCCAUGCAUAACUCGGUGACAACAGCUACCACGACUUAUACUGGUGAGCUGCAAAGACAAAGUCAGACCCUCCAGACCUCCUUUGGCGCAGGUCUUGAUCGUCACAACCGUGCCAAGAGAGCACGCAUCGAGAGUACCAAUGGCUUGAUGACUGACGUACAAACCGAGUUUCGUCACCUCCAGCGAGGUGUUGCCUCCAGCUCAAGAAAUGUUGAAGGCUUCAGUGGUCAUGUGGUUUCGGAGAGCACAAGCUUAUCGGACACGAUGGAAAAGCACAGCAAUAAUACGGCUUCGAGGCUCGCUUCGCUAUACCAAACUGCCCGGGCACUGCUUGAUCAAGGUACCCGUGAGGAUGUCCCGACUGGAAUGACACCCCGAAAACGUAUAUGGGAAUACGUGGAUCAGUGGGAGCUGACGCAGAGUCGAGAUGCCAUCCUUCAGUCACGGAGACAAGAAGAGCCAACGAGACACGUUUCCGAACCUCCCCCUUUGCAGCACCCGCAGUCUCCUGCAGAAAGCCUUUCAGAGCAAAUGGAAGUCGAGUCGCUAGCUUCGUCGGAUCUUCAUGAGUGUGAACCACAAACUCCAGUCCCAUCCUCACAUCUUACAGUCUCGCUUUCAUCAUCUUUAACUUCCUCCACUGCCACCCUCACUGCAGUCCCAGUCGCGCCUUCUGUAAUUCCCCAAGUCUUGAAGAAGCCUGCCACUCUGAAAUCUGGACUGCCGACGAUGGGGGCGUUAGUGGAUAGACCGCCGAAUACUCUUCGUCCGCGUGGGUCGAGAAGAAUCCGAUAGCAUUGCGCAUUGUAUCAUUAUUUUAUUAUCCUUCAAAUGUUCCAGUACUUAGAAUGCAUUCUUAUUUAUCAUCAAUAUCAGACUUUCUUCA